UAUAAUUAAGUUUCAAAUAUUUAUCUAUAGAUUUGUUUGAAGAUAUGGACACUAAUCAUUUAUUUCGAACCAACAAAUUAAUGAAAUCAUAGUGAAUUUUGAAAUCUGGAAAGGUGAACUUCUCAUCAUCUUCUACUGUUUUUUUUUACCGAUCCAUGACUGUGAUAUAAUAAUCCUAGCUGAUUGUUAGAGGUUCCUUGCGCUAAAAUGUUUAAUGCAGUGUGCGACUUUGACGGAUCUGAUUCUUUAAAAUGCAUUUCUUUAAGAAUUGGGGACCACCUCACGGCUGUCCAUGUUGUUGACGAAACGUGGUAUAUUGGUUUUAAUGAGAGAACGAAGGAAACUGGGGCUUUCCCUUCAGCGUGUGUAGUUCACGAAGAGGGCAAGGACUAUACACCAUUGCCAGCAAAAAAUGUUAACACAGAAGGAUUACCAGAGAAACCCGUUUAUGCAAACAUUGCAAAACAAAUUCAAGCCAAGAAAGCAGCUCUUCUUGAUGAAGAAAACAGUCAAAGAACUAACUCAAGCAGGCCCAUGGAAUUUGAUGUACAUAAAUUACGCAAAACCAAACCGGAAAAAACUUUCAAAUUGAAAAUUGUUAAGAAUCCCAAUGAAGUUGAAAAAGAAACAAACAGCAAAGCAGAAGAAAUAUUUUCUAAGUCUAACACAUUGAGGACCGUAAGAUUUGAUGCUGUCACACUAGAACACUCGAUUAGUAUCCCAGAGUCUAUUUCAUCGUGGCAGGAUUCUUCAUUUGAAGACUCAUUUCGGGAUAAACUUUCAAACUACGAUGAUUAUGUCAAAGAUGAUACAGGCCAAAAACCAAGGAAAAAUGAGGAGAAUUCUGACGAUAGCUUCCACCGUUUUGGCAAACUUAGCUCAUUCAAAUCAAGUACAGAAAAUCUUAUCAACAGCCCAAAAGAGGAGAAAAGAGGUAUAAAGGCACUGAUUGGCAUUAUAUCCGGAAUAAUAUUGGGAAUUUUCUUAUUCCUAGUGUACCGGUAUAGUUUUGGAUAUACCUUUAAAGAUGCAGGGAUCUUAACGACCGUACUUACUGUAUUGAUUUGCACUGGUUUGGCUUUUUCAUCCUUCGUCAGAUGUAUUAUUGCACUAGUUGUUCCUAAUUUCUUCUCUGGCAUUGGCAGAGCAGUUUUGUUGUCGGCCAUAUUUGCUCUUAUUCUGAACCAGCCUAUUUCUAAUAUAUCACACAAUGCAAGAGAGACCGGUAGCAGUAUGUCAUGUAUAGUUGAAUUGGCCGUAAAUCAAACACGGGAGCUGCAAGGUGAAAUGGCUAUACCAUUAGAAAAUCUGACAAACUACGUGAGAAAACGGAAUGAGGAGCUACAAUCAGUAUCAAACCAACUUGAUUCAAAGUUUGACAUUGUUAAAAGCAUUUUGGCUCAACUUGGAGACGGAGCUGCCAGUGCUGAUGAAGCAUUAGAAGUUGUCAUAAAGAAAUGUCGAGAGGCUGUCAAUUCUAUACAAGGAGAAUGUAGAAGAAAAUGUGACGAACUCAGACACAUCGUAAAUAUUUACUCAAGGUUUUGCGGACGGUCAUUUUGUGAAGACUUAGAUUUCUCUAAAAGUUGUAAUGAAUUGGCUUUUGGUGUAGAUCUCAAUGACAUCACAAAGAAAACAAGAACAACACUAGAUGAUGCAAUAAACUAUUUUAAAGUUGAUAUGGUCAUCUCGGGCGAAUUUAGCGGUAAUACAAACGUUUCUAAACCGGCAACAGCAAUACAACAUGAGGUGGAAAAAGACAUUGGAGGAAAACUAGAUAUAUUUGAUAGCGUAAUGUCAGCAACUCGGCUGUGUAUCUCUCUAUCUUUGUUUCUAAUAUUUCUUCAAUCCUUUUGGUAUCUUAGAAAUUAUCUAGCCAAGGACGGAUAUGACAAUAUUUAUAUCACUAAACAAUUUAAACAAAUGGAUAAAGAAGCAGGGAAAAAUGGUAGAGAAACCGUAUUGCCAUUAAAACCACGGGAGAGAGAGGAGUAUGUAGAUACUGUAUCAUUUAAACUUAACUCAACAGAGUUAUCUUACUCAAAACUUGGACUGAUCCAAGUGUUAUUACAUUUUCUUCUUUGCGUGCUCAUAGUUUCGUUUGACUAUGCUUUGUACUACAUGUUAAACAUGGUCAAGGAAUAUGGCAAUCUUGAAAUAGAAAUUAAAUCAUCCGGGCGAGUUAAAAUAUAUGUUAAUGGCGAUGGACCUGUGGCUGAGUUUUAUAAGCUUUUGGUCAAUCCUUAUAACCUCGAUCGAAGUUUCAACAGAACCCUCGACAUCGAGCCGUGUUUGCCAGAACCUCGAGGGCCAUCAGGCUCCAUGAUUCCAGUCUUUAUAGUUCUUUACAUCAUAGCACUCGCAGUAGUUUUACUUCGAGCAUAUGGUAUGCGCCUAAGAAGAAAAGUCUCAGCAUAUUAUUGCCCAGAACAGGAGCUGGCCAGACUAGAUUAUCUUCACAAGAAAAUACGCCACAGACGGGUGGGAUUUCUAAAAUUCUUGAGACAGCAAAUCAAAUCUGCACAUAAAGAAGAACAAGUAAAAAAUCAACUGCGUUUCUCUACGUGGCUUGCAUUCAAUUUUCCAAUCUUAGCGCAAAUUUUACCAAAGAAAGAGAAACUUGAAUGUACAAGUUGUGGGCAACGAGACACAAGCUUCAACAAGGUGCAGUUGACAAAAUGUACUGGGGAGAAGGGCGGUAUGACAUGUGAUGCCGUUUAUUGCGAAGAAUGUUUUACUGUUCUCCAGAAAACCUGCCCCCUUUGUUCAAUGAACGAAAAUGUGGUGCUCCGCGAAUAACGAAAUAUAACUGAAAAUAUUAUUUGCAGGAAUUUGAAUGGUAGAUGUAUUUACUUCCCAUAACAUUUAUAACAGGAUUGACUUAAUAGAAUGAACUUGAAAACAAUUAUCUUGACACUAUAUAAAGCUUGUACCUUCUUAGAAGCUUCCUUUUUGUGUAUGAUCAUGUGGAAUAUUGUCUUUGCCUUUGUACUUUUUACUCGUUUUAUAUGUGUAUCAAAUUGAUAUUGAUUACUAUAUGGCUUGACUUAGAUCAUUUUCUUUUCUAAAAAUUACAUUUUAAGUACUUUAUUAGCUUCAACAAAAGUUUACGUAAGAGUGUCGGUAGUAAGACUUGAAGAGAAACUCGAGAAACAACGUACGCGUCUACUGAACAUGUUACAGAUAUGGCCAAACAACAUUUUGGCAAUGCUAUGCACGUUAGCUGAUAUGGGAUCACCUUGUGUUUGAUGAUGGACUGAGAUGAUCCUGUCAAUUCAAAACUUUAUUGGUUCAUUUUGAUCAUACUGUAUAGGGCAUCACUGCAAUAAUAUGAGAGCAAAAUUGUAUUCAAAAGAGAAUACAUUUUCAACACAAGCUCAACAUGUUAUCAAAACGGUGAGCUUGUGUAAAAUAUUACAUCUUUCUAUAAGACUGUCUAUUGUUUAAUAUGAUAAGGCGCACAUAUAACUCAAAUCUCACAAAUGGUGUUUAUUCUUCACACACAAUUAAGAAUAGCAAAUUAUCUUUAUUGAUCAAUUAAGAUGGUUUCAUCCCAUAUUACGUUACGAUUGUUUCAUAAUAAUAAAAUCGCCCAUUUUAAAGUAGCCAUUGUAAGUGUAUGUUCCGGAAACUUAAUUAAUUUCAAAAAAGAUAUUUGUUAUCAUUUCCGAACAUGUUAAAGUUAACAUGUUAAUACUCUUUUCUUCGCUGGUAGUCAUUAUUGUGUUUGAUUUCGACGGGGAAAUAAUUGGCUUACAAGAAGUGUUUCAUGAAAACAGAGGGACACAUGUUACAGACAUAUUCACUUAUCAGAUGCAAUUGAACCAUCAACUUGUGAUAGCUGGGCUAUGUAGCCAGUUAAUAAUUGCACUUCCACUUAUACAGAAGAAAGAAGCAUGGGGUUCAAAUAAUGAAGAUGAACAGAUGAUUGCUAAUCAUGAUUCAUUUGGAAUCACUCAAGAUGUUUCUGUCCUUCCAAUAGUAAAAUACGAAAAUGAAAAUGGAAACUUUGUUGACAUGGAAAAUGAUCAUUCCGGCAUCAACACUGCAGAGAGUCUAGGAGAGAACGAGGAAAAGAUAGCUGAAGAGGACCCUUUGUCUGGAAUUUGUCAGACUCCCGAAUGCAUUCAACAACUACAACAAUAUAUGGAAUGGCGCCAGAAAAAUGGAUAUCCGGUCUAUUCAGGCAGAUGGGGAAAAUAAUUGAAGAGAUAAUACACACGUGUUCAUGUGAUUUCUAACUUUCUAAACACAAUGAUAUUUUACUGUAAUGUCGUUCUUUAACAUUUACAGCAAAUAAAUUUUAACUUUUGGAUGUUAAUGACUGAUAAACAACAUGCUUGUUUUGUUAUUACUUUAAUUACGCUUUUAUUUAUUCUUUCAAAUAUCCGUUUGAUACAUGGUAAAUGUUUAAGGUCACCACUUUAUCUCUGUUAUUUCCAAACUAUACUAUACUUAAUUUUACCGUCGGACAACCUCUCAAGUUAUCAUUGGCGGACGCGAUGUACAUUCCAUUUACAGAUUAGUAAAGUGCGUCAUAGUUAAAAUAAAUUGUCAAUAGAAAUUCCAAUCUUUGAUGUGAAAAUGGCAAAUUGAAUUACUGAUGAUAAGAGAUCUUUUCAAGACUUUAAGAAGCCCAAAAUGGAUGGCCUGUAUACAUCUAUAAAUACCUUUAAGUGUAGAAUUAAUCCAUUGAUGCAAAGUUGUUUAUUGUUGCUAUGGAUAUGAGGUCGGCAUAUUAUAUAAAUGAGAAGAUAAUUAUUAAUAAAUUUAGAAAAGUGAGUAAUUUCAUGGUGUAAGGAUUUGCUCUUACAUUCGAUUAUUAUUUUUUAAGAGUCUUUACGAACACAAUGCAGGUCACCAUAGUUCUUUACACAUUGUCAGUAACAGUUUUUGGAGCUUCUAUUCAUCUUGAGGAAAGCGAGAAACCUCACAACUUUAUAGAUGGAAUCGAGGAAUAUAAACUUCCCGAAGAGUACAAGGACAUUGCAAUGAUGUGUGAUUUAUUUAAAAGGCUUAAUGCUUUAACUAAUUUUAAAUCGAUGCCGCCAAACACUCUCAAAGAUGAUACGUAUAUCACCAGUGAAGACAGUGAUUUGAAUGGAAAUAACGAACUUGAUGUUGAUAAUUUUAAAGAGAUGCAAGUAGAAAUGGAAACGGACAAUGAUUUAAAUACGGAUAUUUCAAGUAUAGGACUUGCUGACUUAAAGAACAAGCAGACUGUACGUAAAGAACGUGUAAGAAGAGACGAUAGUGACGCUUUUCCAAAAGAGCUGCUAGAAUCACUACAUGGCGUAUGUGUGACAGAUGAAUGUUUACGAAUAUUGCGAGAAUUCUACGAAUGGAGACAAAUGAACGGUUAUCCUGUCUACACUGGUAUCUCGCAACUAGGUUGACACAUUGAAUAACAGCAUCAAAACGAAAUUCUUUACGGAAUUGAAAUGUCAUGUUGAAUUGUUUUAGCGUUAGUUCAAUAUAUGAAACGUUUAAUAAUUGAAUAAAAUUAAAAUAUUCUUUGAUUAAAUUCAUAUUUAGUUAUAUUUCUUAUUCAGGCGUACGCUCAUGUUUCGUAGAAAUACAUAGGCAGAAUGAAAACUGUCCACCAUAAAAUUUAAUUAAACAUUGCAUUAUUUUAAAAUAUGAUAGAAGAAACAUGAAAGCGAAAAGUGAAACAAAUUGCGGAUCUAAUGGCUCAUUCUCGAAAUGUCUGCCCUUAAAAUUGAAGGUUUUUAUACUUAAUGUUUAUAUUUUAAAAAAAACUAAGUAUCGAAUUAAAUUUAUAUGUAGUUUAUCAUGUGUAAACUUAUUCAAGUUUGAUGAAAUCUGCGUGAAAUACAUUAUCUGCAAUUUCUUCCUUCAUAUUAUUAUUAUUAUAAUUUGAAGAACAGUAUUUCUUCAAAUUCUGUGUGCGUCUUAUGUUUGAAUGAAAUCAUUUGAUUGAGUUCGUUAUAAGAGGAGUUUAUCAAUAAGUAACUCUUUUUGUGAACUUUCUUCUAGAAAAAGGUACAUAAAAUCAAUGAAAUCUGCUUCAUCAUGACUAAUCAUACUCUUUCAGACAAAUAUUUGUCAUAAUUAUUAUUCAAUGCAAAAACAAUUUUGAUUCUAAGAAAUGUGUUGCAUUAAUAUAAUUUAUUUUUUUCCGUUAUCUUGUAUAGAACUUAUAGACCUUACUUGAAUUGAAAGGAUAAUUGGCAUGCUUGCUAUAUUAUAUGUUUAUAUGGACAUGAAUUGUUAUUGUUAAUGGUAUUAUGUUAAAAUUGUUCUAUAUCUUAAAUUAAAGCUGUGAAAAGGG